AUGACGGACUGGACGUCGGGCAUCAUGCCGCUGCACCAGGUGCACUCGCCUCCCUUCACCGUCGAGGCUCCCGGCUACGAGAAGGUUCCUGGUGAGACCAUCCCUCGACGUCACCCCAAGGCCAAAGACGGUCUUAUCAACUAUCCUGCUCCCGAUGCCAGGACUGUCUUCCAAGUUGUCGAGCGCAGUGCUCGGCUCUACCCAAACCACCAUGCUGUCGGUGCCCGCAAGUUGAUCAACAUGCACAAUGAGAAGAAGAAGAUCAAGAAGAACGUCGACGGCGAGGUUCAAGAAGUUGAGAAGGAGUGGUCAUACUUCGAGUUGACCGGCUUCGAAUACUUGACUUACAAGCAGUACCUUGAGCGCGUUCUACAGAUUGGUUCUGGUCUAAGGAAAGUUGGCUUGACCAGUGAGGACAAGCUUCACAUUUUUGGCACCACUAGUAUCGGUUGGAUUUCCACAUCUCACGCUGCCGCCUCUCAAUCCAUCUCGAUCGUCACAGCCUACGACACUCUGGGUCCUAGCGGCGUUGAGCACUCUCUUGUGCAAACCGACUGCGCCGCCAUGUACGUCGACUCCCAGCUCCUCAAGACCGCUUCCGAACCCAUCAAGAAGUCGUCAGUCAAGGUUGUCAUUGUCAAUGACGGAACAAUCUUUUCUAAGGGAGGCGAGGUCGAGAAGUUCAAGGCAGAGCACCCCGACCUGAAGGUUGUCACCUUGGAGGAACUUCGAAAGCUAGGCGAAGAGAGCCCCGUUGAACCGAACCCGGCCAAGCCAGAGGACCUUUACUGUAUCAUGUACACUUCUGGCUCGACCGGUUUACCCAAGGGUGCUUGCAUUACCCAUGAAGCGCUCAUUGCUGGCAUCACCAGUUUGUAUACAUGUGUCGAAGAAUGUGUAAGCGACAAGGAGUGCAUUCUUGCCUAUCUUCCCCUCGCCCAUAUUUUUGAAAUGGCCCUCGAAAAUCUGGUCAUGUACAUCGGAGGAACGCUCGGAUACGGUAACCCUCGAACAUUGUCGGAUGCGUCGAUGAAGAACUGCCCUGGCGAUAUGCGCGAGUUCAAGCCUACUGUUAUGGUUGGUGUUCCUCAGAUUUGGGAAACCGUUAGGAAGGGCAUCACUUCCAAGCUGGAAGCUGCCAGUCCCCUUCUCAAGAACUUGUUCUGGGGCGCCUACAACUGGAAGGCAUUCGCUUCCAAGAACAAACUGCCACUUGCUGGCUUGUUUGAUAGCCUGGUGUUUGGCAAGGUUCGCGAAUUGACGGGCGGCCGUAUGCGCUUCACUAUGAAUGGCGCCAGUGGUAUUUCCGACGGCACAAAGAAUUUCAUUUCGCUGGUCGUCGCUCCCAUGUUAGCCGGAUACGGUCUCACCGAGACCUGUGCAAAUGGUUCGUUGGGUUGCCCGCUUGAAUUCUCUCCUGACGCCAUUGGCCCCACCCCUUGUGCUUGUGAGAUCAAGCUCGUUGCUCUCCCUGACCUGGGCUACUCCACCGAGGCCAAGGUUCCUCAGGGUGAGAUUUGGAUCAAGGGCCUGCCUGUUAUGUCCAAGUACUGGAACAACCCUGAGGAGACAGAAAAGGCCAUCACCCCUGAUGGAUGGUUCAAAACUGGUGAUAUCGGAGAAUUCAACGAACAAGGUCAUCUCCGUGUCUUUGACCGCGUCAAGAAUCUUGUCAAGAUGCAAGGUGGCGAGUACAUUGCUCUUGAGAAGCUUGAGGCUGUGUACCGUGGCGUCCAGUCAGUGGGCAAUGUUAUGGUCCAUGCUGAUCCUGAGCAUUCGCGCCCUAUUGCCGUCAUCAUGCCGAACGAGAAAGUCGUGCAAGAGAAGGCCAAAGAGCUGGGUCUGGACGAGCACAACCUCCACACCCUCCAUACCAACCCUAAGUUGAUAAAUUUUGUUCUUAAAGAUCUCCAAGGCGCUGCGAAGCGUGCUGGCUUGAGUAGUUUGGAGACUGUUACUGGUGUUUUGAUCACAGACGAGGAAUGGACCUCUGAUAACGGUCUUCUCACUGCCACGCAGAAACUCAACCGACGAAAGAUCACUGAGCACUUCAAGAACGACAUUGCUGCCACACUCGAGCGCUCGUAA